CACACGCCGUUUCCUCAAACUGCUCAUCUCCAUCGCAAACAACAAGGCGCUGGCUGGUGUCGACGCCUCUGACUGAAAUGUCCAAUUGGAUUUUACAGACGUUGCCCAGUUCGUUUGUCGACAUGAGCACCAUGUUCACGAUGGUGGAUCUUUCUACAAACUACUCCUUUUAUAUGGUUCCGGCGGCAUUUACUUUGUGCUGGCUCCCCGCCGCGUAUGGCCAUACUCUGGCUGGCAAGAAUUUUGACGAGACCAAUCCGCGGCAUACACAGGCGGCCGUUCUCCGAGAUGACAAGAUGGACAAAGCCCGCCAGCAACGCAUCACCCGAGCGCUAAGCGCCAUGGAAAACGGCUUCGAGUCGCUGGGCAUGUUCGCGGGGGGCGUGGCGGCGGCCAACUACGCAGGCGUGGACAUCUACACGCUGAAUCUGCUGACGAUUGAGUACGUCUUGUCGCGGGUGCUGUACAUUUUCGUGUACAUUGUGCUAUGUGAGAACGGGAGGCUGUCGAUUCUGAGGACCUUGUCUUGGCUGCUGGGGGUUGUGAGCAUGCUUGCGCUGUGGAUCAUGGCUGGGAUAAAGGCCGGUGCUUAAUAGCGGUAAUCAAGAGUCGAUUCAUGCUGCAUAAGUUAGUGCUAAGGCACAUAUAUAAGAGGAGGAGAGAAAGAAUGCAAAAC